GGAUGGCUUCUACAGGGAGCCAGGCCUCUGAUAUAGAUGAACUUUUUGGAUUCUUCAAUGAUGGCACACCCCCAACCAAAAAGCCCAGGAAGCUGCUUCCAAGUUUAAAAACUAAGAAGCCUAGGGAGCUCGUGCUGGUGAUUGGAACAGGCAUCAGUGCUGCAGUUGCUCCUCAGGUUCCAGCCCUAAAAUCCUGGAAGGGAUUAAUUCAGGCCUUACUAGAUGCUGCCAUUGAUUUUGAUCUACUAGAAGAUGAGGAGAGCAAAAAAUUUCAGAAGUGUCUCCAUGAAGACAAGAACCUUGUUCAUGUUGCCCAUGACCUCAUCCAGAAACUCUCUCCUCGUACCAGCAAUGUUCGAUCCACAUUUUUCAAGGACUGUUUAUAUGAAGUAUUUGAUGACUUGGAGUCCAAGAUGGAAGAUUCUGGAAAACAGCUACUUCAAUCAGUCCUCCAUCUAAUGGAAAAUGGAGCCCUAGUAUUGACAACAAAUUUUGACAAUCUCCUGGAACUCUAUGCAGCAGAUCAAGGGAAACAGCUUGAAUCCCUAGACCUUACUGAUGAGAAAAAGGUCCUCGAGUGGGCUCAGGAGAAGAGGAAGCUGAGCGUGUUGCACAUCCAUGGGGUCUAUACCAACCCCAGUGGCAUCGUCUUACAUCCAGCUGGCUAUCAGAAUGUGCUCAGGAACACUGAAGUUAUGAGAGAGAUUCAAAAACUCUACGAAAACAAGUCAUUUCUUUUCCUGGGUUGUGGCUGGACUGUGGACGACACCACUUUCCAAGCCCUUUUCCUGGAGGCUGUCAAACAUAAAUCUGACUUAGAACAUUUCAUGUUGGUUCGGAGAGGAGAUGUAGAUGAGUUCAAGAAGCUUCGUGAAAACAUGCUGGACAAAGGGAUAAAGGUCAUUUCCUAUGGAAAUGAAUAUGCUGAUCUUCCUGAAUAUUUUAAACGACUUACAUGUGAAAUCUCUACAAGAGGCAGAUCAGCAGGAAUGGUGAGAGAAGGCCAGUUAAAUGGUUCAUCUGCAGGACACAGUGAAAUAAGAGGUAGUAGUACAUGAGAAGGCUCUAGAAACCACCAUUAGACCAAGCUAUGAGGCCCUACCAUGGACAGUGUUUAACAAGGAAACUUUUAAGAUAAACCCACCAAGGAAGUAUCAACCCCAGUGGUUGAAGGCUGUGGAUAGAACUCGAGGUGGGGCAAAUGUUCCAACUGAACCCUUCAUGCUGGCUGGUUCUGGGUAUUGAGCUGCCUUGCCUGUUCCAGUUCCAGAAUGCCUGAGAAAACAGGGCCAACAUGCAGGCCCUCCCCUGCCGGACGUGCUUGAGUCCACACAGCUGACCAGUGGGGUCCUCCACUGACUGGGGCUGCAGCUCUGCAUGAAGGACCUGGGGAUCUAGAUGCCAUGGAGUCACAGUGGCUUUGGUUGCAGUUUUGUACUCCGUACUUGGUUUUUCAAUUAAGCUUAAUGGCUUUUUUUAAAACAUGACUUGAAGCUCUAGUUUUCUAGAUCUUUUACAAUGUACAGUAUUUUACAUAAUUGAGCUCUAUUAAAAGCCUGUUCAUUUACAUCCCAGGGUCCUGGCUCUUCUUUUAAAAUC